GGGGCGUGCCGGGGCGGGGCGUAGUGGGGACAGGGCCCGGCCUGGGGCGUCCUCGCGAAGCCUAGGCCUGUCAGGUGGUUCCGUCCGGGUCUCGGCCACAGCUGAGUUCCGUCGAGUUCCGUCCCGUUCCGUCCCGGCUCUGCUCACAGCAGCGCCCUCGGAGCGCCCAGCACCUGCGGCCGGUCAGACAGCGCGAUCCUGCGGCGCCUGGCCGUCCCGGAUGCCAUGGCAGCCGUCGCCGUCUUGCGGGCCUUCGGGGCGAGGGGGCCCAUCUGUCUCCGGCGCGGCCCCUGGGCCCAGCUGUCCGCCCGCUUCUGCAGCCGGGACCCGGCCGGAGCGGGGCGGCAGGAGUCGGAGCCGCGGCCCACGAGCGCGCGGCAGCUGGACGGCAUAAGGAACAUCGUCUUGAGCAAUCCCAAGAAGAGGAACGCGUUGUCACUUGCAACGCUGAAAUCUCUGCAGAGUGACAUUCUUCAUGACGCUGACAGCAACGAUCUGAAAGUCAUUAUCAUCUCGGCUGAGGGGCCUGUGUUUUCUUCUGGGCAUGAUUUAAAGGAGCUGACAGAGGAGCAAGGCCGUGAUUACCAUGCGGAAGUAUUUCAGACCUGUUCCAAGGUCAUGAUGCUCAUCCGGAACCAUCCUGUCCCCGUCAUUGCCAUGGUCAAUGGCCUGGCCACAGCCGCCGGCUGUCAACUGGUUGCCAGCUGCGACAUUGCCGUGGCCAGCGACAAGUCCUCUUUUGCCACUCCUGGGGUGAACAUCGGGCUCUUCUGUUCUACCCCUGGGGUUGCCUUGGCAAGAGCAGUGCCUAGAAAGUGUCUGUGGGUCAUCCCAGCUGAUGUGGAUUCCAUCCUGUGCUUGGCCCUCAAAAGAGGUAGACGACAUCCCCAGCCGUGGCAGGGCUCAGUGACCAGAUCUGUGCAGGAGCAAGACAACACGGGACAGUCACUGCCCCUGGGGCUGGUGUGGUUUCUUCGCUCUUGGAAAGAUCUGCUCUCCUCCCGGGCAGGAGUGAGGGCACUGAAGACAUCAGGGCUGGCAGGUGGCCUUGGAGAUGCUCUUUACUGGGGAGCCCAUUUCUGCCCAGCAGGCCCUGCUCCACGGGCUGCUCAGCAAAGUGGUGCCAGAGGCAGAGCUGCAGGAGGAGACCAUGCGGAUUGCGCGGAAGAUCGCGUCACUGAGCCGCCCGGUGGUGUCCCUGGGCAAAGCCACCUUCUACAAGCAGCUGCCCCAGGACCUGGGGACGGCUUACUACCUCACCUCCCAGGCCAUGGUGGACAACCUGGCCCUGCGGGACGGGCAGGAGGGCAUCACGGCCUUCCUCCAGAAGAGAAAACCCAUCUGGUCACACGAGCCCGCGUGAGUGGAGGCAGAGGAGUGAGGCCCGUGGGCAGCGCCCAGGAGCCUGCCCUCCCCUCUGACCCCAACCCCACACUGCCUCUCAGCUUCAGCAGGCAACAGACGAGCUGCUUCUGUGACUUGAUACUGGUGUCACAGCAUUUGGCCUACAUUAAAAGCCACGCUUUCAUGGUGAAAGACAAAAUGGGGAGUGACUGAGGUGCUGACCUCGGUGCAAGGCUGGUGAGCCCUGUAGCGGGCCAGCUAUGGCAGGAAGCCUGGCAUUUGGGGUGCUCCUUACAACAUCUUAAGCAAGCUACCCCCCUGACAUAGCAGAAGGUGACAACCCAUGGAGGCAGGAAAGAAGGACACCAGCCUGACCCUUAUCCAAAACCUCCUCCUAGGCGGAGUUAAUCCUGGCUGCUCAGGAGAGGCAACACAUUUCAAAUCUCCAUGAGAUAUUCUCCACGCAGAAAAUCUUCUUGAUUCUAUAGAGAUGUAAUCAUGCCUAUGGCUUUGAAUAAUCUUAUGUGAUUUAAAUAAAUUUAAUCUUUACAGAGA